CCUCUCCUCCGCCGACGCUUCAGCUGUCUCAUGAUUCCCCGCGGAGACACAUCUCAGCCAUGAAUGAGAAACUCUCCCAAAUGAUGUUAGAAGUCGCCGUCCUAGGACGGAACACCUUUUCAACUUAAUGGUUGUUGCUGCUCUUGUGGAUUUCAUGGAGUUUGUGGAACAAAGUGACGCAUGACAAACAUUCCAGUUCACUUGUCUCAUCCAACCAGAUAAAGUUGAUCUUGAUAGUUCCAGACUGAUCGGUCAUAAAUACCAACCGAGGGGAAAGAUGGGAGAGACCGUGUUGCACAUGAUUGCAAUGUUUAUGGCUGUCCACAUCAUCCAGUGCCAAACAGUUUGCAACAGACAAGCCUCUCUUGAAUGGCACAUUAAAAAACACACAGUCCAGAUGAAUUGGACUCUAAUAGGCAACAUCUGCAGGACUGAAUCUGAGUGCUGGGAUUCUGGGAGGGGAGAUGAGAUGAGGGAGCUGCAGUUUCCACAGAUAUGCCCCCUUCAGCUGCAACAUGGGGACAAACUCCUGAUGUCCGCCGAUGAAACCCUCAAAACAUAUGGCAUCGGACUCCUGAAUGUGACAAAAGACAACUUUGAGAGCUGUUCCACAGGCAGAUCGUUAAAAAAUCAGUUUCUUUUCCCCCUCAAUGUUAAUGAAAGUGUGCAAGUUGAAGCCAAGUGGCUCGCUCCGGGUCAUCAUUACUUCAUUGCGCUUCAUAAAGGCGACACACAGCUGUGCAAGCUUGGUUUGAGGCUCAAUGUGUCCGUUAAACCUCAACUUUGCCAGCCCUCCCCACUGGUUCGAUUCUGUUCAGGGAACGGUGUUUGUCAAACACGUCCCUGGGAGGGCGCGUACCACUGUCGAUGCCAUCAUCACUACACUGGGAGAUUUUGUGAGAAGUUUGAUGUCUGUUUGGACAACCCUUGUGAAAACAAGGGAGUGUGCUUGAGCAAUGGAUCUGUAGAUCCAAACAACAGAACAUAUAAAUGUCUUUGCCCUCCUCAUUUUACAGGGGUUAACUGCUCGGAAGUCGUUGGGAAAGCUAAUUGUGACAGAGUCUGUAAAAAUGGGACAUGUGUUCAAAUGUCACCCACUUCUUUCAGAUGCAUCUGUGACACUGGAUUUUCUGGCCCUCCCUGUGAGAAGAGGAAAGCCCCCUGUGACCCAAAUCCAUGCAGAAAUGGUGGUGUAUGUGCAGAGAGCCCCGAAGGAUUUGUUUGUCAUUGUCCAGAAAAAUUUGGGGGUCUCUACUGCGACUCUCCAGUUGACUUCAACUGCUUGAUGUAUUCAUGUCGGGAAGAACUAAUGUGUACUCCAGGAAUGCAUGGCUCUGAAUGUGUUUGUGCAGAUGGUGCUGCGGUCCCAGAAUGCAGGAGGCAGCAGAGCAUGUGCAGCCCAUCGCCAUGUCUGAACAAUGCCACCUGUGUGUCCAGGGGAAAAGAUUACUUCUGCAGAUGUCUGAGUGGUUUUUCCGGGAAGAACUGUGAAGAAAUAAUUGACUACUGCAAGCUUUUCAAUAUCAGCUGCCUAAACGAUGGACUGUGCCUGAGUGUAAUUGGUGGAUAUCAGUGUGUCUGCACCCCUGGGUGGAUCGGAGAAUUUUGCCAACAUGUCGGUGACGCCUGUGUAAUGCAACCAGACAGCUGUUUGAAUGGAGCCACGUGUAUCACAACCAGUCAACCCACAUCUCCCCCGCAGUAUAUCUGCAAAUGCCCCCCUGGCUUCAAAGGAACAGAGUGCGAGACUGAGAUCAAUGAGUGUGAGUCAAACCCCUGUCAGCACAAUGGCACGUGUACUGAUUUGCUUGGAGACUAUGACUGCCAAUGCCCUACAGGUUUUAGUGGAAAGCGUUGUGAAGUGGACAUAGAUGCCUGUUUUCUGGCCAACAACACAUGUCCAUCAAACACUCGGUGUUUGGAUCUCCCUGUUGGCCUUGACUACACCUGCUGUAUAACUUGUCCUCAAGACAUUCAACUGUGCGCCAACGGAGGACGCUGUGUGUUGAAUACUGCCGGUAGCUAUUCCUGCAUCUGUGCACGUGGUUGGUCUGGUCAGAACUGUCUUAUAAAUGUCAACAAUUGUAUUCAACACUGGUGCCAAAAUGGAGCCACUUGUGUGGAUGAGAUAGAUGGUUACAGCUGCCUUUGUCCCAGCGGUUACACAGGGGUCUACUGUGAAGAGGACAUUGAUUACUGUGUCAGCCAUCACUGCUCUGAACACGGUGUUUGCCUGGACCAGCAGUAUAACUUCACCUGCCGUUGCAUGCCCGGAUUUGAGGGGCGGCUCUGUGAAGCGGAAUCAAAUGAAUGCAACAGCUUCCCCUGCUCAAGUGGUGCCACCUGUGUGGACCUAAUCAGUGAUUAUCAGUGCCGCUGUCCCCUGGGGUUUGAGGGAAGGACCUGCUCUCAGAAUGUAAAUGAUUGCUGGUCACAGCCUUGUCUAAAUGGAGGCGCCUGUAUGGAUUUGAUAAAUGACUACAUUUGUCACUGUCCUCUGGGAUUCAAGGGGAAGGACUGCUCCCUGGAUAUUGAUCUUUGCUCAUUUGGACUGUGCAGUGAACACACUUCAAUAUGCACUGAGACCAAAGAUGGACAGAAUGUCUCUUGCACAUGUGAAAGAGGGUUCGGAGGGUCAUUUUGUGAUAUAAAUCUCAAUGAGUGCGGCUCACAGCCGUGCCAGAAUGGUGGCAUUUGUAUGGAUGGCAUUGACCUGUAUCAGUGCUUGUGCUUAGAGGGCUUUGCUGGUUUCAACUGUGAAAUCGACUAUGAUGAAUGUGCCUUUGGAUACUGUGCCAAUAAUUCCACUUGUAUUGAUCAGAUUGCUGACUAUGAAUGCAUCUGUCCAGUAGGUUUUGCUGGUAAAAAUUGCUCCAUGUCUGUCUCUGCAUGUACAUCGGAUGUGGACUUCUGCAGAAAUGGUGGAACCUGUACUCAGAGUUCAGCUAGAGAUGUACAGUGUAUUUGCCCUUCAGGAUACCACGGAAAAGACUGCUCUUUGUCUGUGAGCUUGUGUGUGUCCAAUCCAUGUCACUCCGAAGGGACUGUCCUCUGUGAAGAGCUGGAAAAUACUUAUAGAUGUGUGUGUCAUCAUGGACACACUGGGAAGCACUGCGAAACGCACAUAAGCCGCUGUGUCGACGGCCUUUGUCAACGUGGUUCGUUGUGUGUGGACGUUGCGGGAGGGUUCAAAUGUGAUUGUUUACCAGGUUUAAGAGGCCAGUUUUGUGAGAUAGACAUUGACGACUGUGAAGAGGAGCCUUGUGGAGCGUUGAGUAUUUGUAAAGACACUCUGAAUGGCUACAGCUGUUUUUGUGCACCUGGAUUUAUUGGAAAUAGGUGUGAGAUUGAAGUGAAUGAAUGUCUCAGCCAGCCCUGUCAAAAUGGAGGCUCUUGUAUGGAUGAGCUCAACUCAUUUAGCUGCCAGUGUCCUCCUGGGAUCACAGGGGACUUCUGUGAAUUCAAUACUGACGAGUGUGACUCCUCUCCCUGCCUGCACAAUGCCACGUGUGUUGAUCUGGUUCAAGGCUAUGAAUGUGUCUGCAGGCCUGGCUUCACAGGUACAAAAUGUGAACAUGACGUUGAUGAGUGUGCUUCAUCUCCCUGCAAGAAUGGAGCAACUUGCAUUGACCUGCCCGGUAAUUACUUCUGCCAGUGUGUGGCUCCAUUUAAAGGUCAUAAUUGUGAAUUUUUACCCUGCGAGGCCAGUAAUCCCUGUGAGAAUGGCGGGGUGUGUGUGGAAGAGCUGGAUCAGGACCAUUUCCCUUUGGGAUUCCGCUGCCACUGUCGCCGGGGCUUCACUGGCCCUCGCUGUGAAAUCAAUGUGGAUGAGUGCAGCUCCAGCCCCUGCAUUCACGGCUUCUGCUAUGAUGUUGUAGAUGGCUUUUACUGCCUUUGCAGUCCUGGUUAUGCUGGACUCAGAUGUGAGCAAGACACUGAUGACUGCGUGAACAGUUUGUGCGGUUCCAACUCGGUGUGUAAGGACCUCCAUCAAAGUUACGAGUGUGUGUGUCAUUCAGGCUGGGAGGGGGAAUACUGCCAACAAGAAAUUGAUGAAUGUUUAUCGCAGCCAUGCAAAAACAAUGCCACCUGCACGGACCUCCUCAACAGCUACAAGUGUAUCUGCUCACCAGGCUGGACAGGCGUGGAGUGUGCAGAGGACGUGAAAGAGUGUAAUUCUGGACCCUGUCUAAAUGGAGCUCAGUGUCAGGAGUCAGACAUACCUGGAGAGUUCUCCUGCACCUGUCCUCCCUUCUUCAGUGGCCCCUUGUGUGACGAGCCUUAUGACCCCUGCCAUCCCCUCCACAACCCCUGCCUGCACAACUCCACCUGCCUGACACGCUCCAAUGGAACAGCCUCCUGCAGAUGCCCAGCUGGAUUUGAAGGGAGGUGGUGUGAAAUUGACACCAAUGAGUGUGGUUCAAAUCCAUGCCAAAAUCAGGGCGGCUGCGUGGACCAGGUCAAUGGUUACAGGUGUGAUUGUAAGAUGGGGUUUUCUGGUAUGCGCUGUGAGGAAGACAUCAAUGAGUGUGCUUCCAGCCCUUGCAGCAACGCUAGCAUCUGUCAGGACCUUGUGAAUAAGUUCCAUUGCCUUUGCCCUCCUGGUUAUUUUGGAGCGCUGUGUGACCUGGAUGUGAAUGAGUGUGAAGUUUCACCUUGCCUACAAGAGGGCAUCUGUAUCAACACGCCUGGAGGCUUCAAGUGCGUCUGCCGGCCUGGAUACACAGGGUUGCGGUGUGACGUUGAUGUUGAUGAGUGUGCUCCAAAUCCAUGCCAACAUGGUGGAAGAUGUAUUGAUGGGCCUAAUCAAUAUCACUGCUUGUGUCCUGAUGGUUUUAUUGGGCUCCACUGUGAAACCAAUGGUGAUGAAUGCAUGUCAGCCCCUUGUCUUCAUGGGAGCUGUGAGGACGGAAUAUAUUCAUACACUUGCCUUUGUGAACCUGGGUGGAUCGGCAACAGAUGUGAAACAAACAUUGAUGAAUGUGUGUGCGAUCCCUGCUUGAAUGGAGGCUCAUGUGUCGAUCUUAUUGAUAAAUUUGCAUGCUUCUGUCAGGAGGGUUACACAGGAAAGACUUGUGAAAAUGAUAUAGAUGUCUGCAAAGACGCUGUUUCUAACGGUUCGCUGUGUUUCAAUGGAGCUACGUGUCUCGAUGGUGAAGGAUCAAACUUUACAUGCAGCUGUCCGCCAGGUUUCAUGGGAGAUUUCUGUGAAGUGGAUGUUAACGAAUGUUGCUCAACUCCCUGCCACAAUGGUGCUGUUUGCCAAGAUCUUAUUAAUAGCUAUGUCUGCCACUGCAGGUCAGGUUGGACAGGCCUUCACUGUGAGGAUGACAUUAAUGAGUGCCUUCCACAGCCCUGCAACCAGGGGAUAUGCAUCCAGAAUGAUCCAGGCUAUGGCUACACCUGUUUCUGUCGUCCUGGAUUUGUGGGGAGGAACUGUGAGCACAACUAUAAUGACUGCCUGCUGAAUCCAUGUCCAGAAGCAUUUUCCUGUGUAGAUGGCAUCAACAAGGUCAGCUGCCUGCCUCCUGUUACGGAUCCUUUUCCCUCGGUGACUGUAGUCAGGAACAUCACUCCCGGCUACAUCCCCGGUGUGCCGACGCCACCACCACCGCCACUCAGCCCUGCACCCAUAGCUGAGCUAACCACAGAUACCAGCUACCUGCAUUACUUUGGGAAUUCAUACCUUGAGUUUCAAGGUAUUGGCCUCAGUGCACUCAACAACCUCACUGUGAAAUUUCAAACCACUGCAGCCCAGGGAACUCUGCUGUAUGUGGACCAGGGGCCUGUUAAUGGGGAUUUCUUUUUCAUGAAACUGUUCAUACUGGAUGGAGUCUUGCAGUAUGCGUUUUGCUGCAAUGAAGAGGAAACAGUUACACGGAUGAAUACAUUCAUUCACGUUGAUGAUGGCACAGUUCAUAUUGUAAAUAUCAGACAGCGCUUGACCCCUUGUGAGGCAGAGCUGACGCUUUCCGGAUAUGAGAAGAUUAAAAGCACGGCAAGUAAUUACUGGUUGGGACACAUGAUUCAACGAACAAACAAUGUCUUUGCAGGUGGUUUGCCACAAAACUAUCUUCCCAAUCAGAGAGCAAAACCAUUCCACAACUAUACUGGCUGCGUUGAAGUAAUUGAAAUGAAUCGAAUGAGGAGCUUUUACGUAUCUGACGCCAUCGGUGGCAGCAACGUAGACCGAUGCAGAUUUACCUUGGAUGCCUUGGAGGCUUCUACCACAAGUUUCUCAGAUCUGAUAACGCAGCCAGCGCUCUCUGACGCAGUGAAGACUACAACAACGACGACAUCAGCAGCAACAGCAGCUCCCACACAACCCCCUGCACCUCCCCUGCAUGAACCCCAAGUUUGCCGUGAUGGUCUUUGCCACAAUGGUGGAACAUGCUAUCAGGUGCCCGGCAGAGCUUUGCCUUUCUGCCACUGUCAAUUGCAUUUCACUGGAGCUUUUUGUGAAAAAGAUACCACCGUGUAUAUCCCGUCGUUCGAUGGCACAUCUUACUUGGAGCUGCAGCCUCUCGCGCUCCUUCUCCAGUCUUCUGGUGACACCAGUAAAUGGCCCUUCGCCGUCAAGGACACCACUGUCUAUUUGACAGUGAAAACUAGCUCUACACAGGGCACCAUCCUCUUCACCCAGGGACAGAACUUUGGAGAUCAAUUUCUUCAUGUGUUCCUCCAAGAUGGAAGCCCCGUUGCUAAACUCGGUUGUGGUGGGAGUCGUGUUUUGAAUGCGGCUACAAACCAGAGCAUCAACAACAACAGAUGGACAUCAAUCACUGUCCGAUACAUUCUCCCUGUCAGCAAACAAGGAGGCUCAUGUAUGAUUGAAAUAGCAGCAGAUAAUGGCACAGCUCAGCAUCUUGAGGAGUUUGUGUCACACACCGUGUCAGAGGAAUCCUUUGGACCUAUAUAUCUCGGAGAUAUUUCAUCGCACUGGGAGAUGCAUGAUGGGCGUACAAAAGGAGAGAAAAGAUUCAUUGGCUGCAUCAAGGAACUUGCGAUCAACUCAAAGGAGAUUGACCUGGUGGGUGACGCAGUGAAAGGGAGAAACAUCAAGGACUGUGACCUCCCUGUCUGCCAACACCUUCCCUGUCGUAAUGGAGGAACAUGUGUAAGUGAUGCCGAGGACUGGUUCUGCGAGUGCUCCCCGCUUUACACCGGCCGCCUGUGCCAGCUCAGCGCCUGUGAGCUCAACCCCUGCAGUCAUGGAGCCACAUGCAUCCCGAAGUCGCCAUUGGAGGCUGUUUGUCUCUGUCCCUACGGGAGGCAGGGUCUUCUGUGUGACCAACCAAUCAACAUAACUCGUGCCAGAUUCAGUGGAAGUGAUGAGUUUGGCUACACGUCCUUUGUGGCGUAUUCCUCCAUCCCGAGCCUCAGUUCCCUCUAUGAGUUCAAGCUGAAGUUCACGCUUGCAAAUAAUUCAUCUGCUGUCAAAGACAACCUGAUGCUGUUUGCUGGAAAUAAAGGACAAGGCAACGAUGGAGAUGACUUCCUCGUUUUGGGACUGCGAGGCGGAAGAGUUAUCCAUAGGUUCAACCUGGGAUCGGGGAUAGCAACCAUGGUCAGCGAUCGCCUCAACUACAGCAUCAACAUCCACACUGUCACGUUUGGGAGAUCCAAGAGAACUGGGUGGCUGAAGGUUGACGGGCAGCGCAACAGAACAGGAUUUUCUCCCGGACCUCUGGCGGGCCUCGGCGUUUUCAACCAUCUCUUCGUGGGUGGAUAUAAUGAGUACACCCCUGAACUCCUGCCACUUGGCUCCAGGUUCCGUCACGGCUUUCAGGGGUGCAUUUUCGAUGUGCAGUUUCGGACCAGAAUGGACAGGAGGUUCCAGGCCCUGGGGAAGCCUGCGGCUCAUCCAGCGUUCGGGCGCAGCGUGGGUCAGUGCGGAGUCACCCCCUGUGUUCACGUUCACUGCAGGAACGGAGGGACGUGUGUGGAUUCUGGCUCAUCGGUUUACUGCCAAUGCCCACUUGGAUGGAAAGGAGCACUUUGUACGGAGGUGGUGUCUGCAUGCGACUCGGAGCACAUCCCCCCUCCUCUCUGCGCCCACGGCUCCACCUGCAUCCCUUUGCCAAAUGGAUAUACCUGCCGUUGCCCCCUGGGAACUGCAGGAUUCUACUGCGAGAAAGUUGUGACCAUCAGUGACCCAUUCUUCAGCUCUAACCAGUCUUCCUGGAUGUCAUUUCCACUCAUGAGUAUUAGACACAGGACUGUUCUGCAGCUGCAGUUCCAGCCUUUAUCACCUGAUGGCAUCCUCGUCUACGCUGCACAGCAUCUCAGUGCUAGAGCUGGGGAUUUCUUCUGUCUCUCCUUGACGUCUGGGUUUGUGCAGCUGCGAUACAAUCUAGGAGAUGGCGUCCACAUCCUCCAGUCCGCUGGAAAAGUGGACUCCCGUGGCCGGACCUGGCACACGUUGAAGGCUGGGCGAACCGGUCACCAAGGCUUCCUCAGUCUGGAUGACGGAGAGGUGAGGGAGAACGGGACCGAGGGAAUGACCACUCUGGACGUCGCUACCGACAUCUUUGUCGGAGGCGUGUCCGCUCUGAACCUCGUCACCCCGGAUGCAACUGAAGAGGAGCCUAUGAGCUUCACCGGUGGUCUGAGAGAACUUAUUAUUAACGGUCUAGAACUGGAGUUAACAGAGACAGGAGCUGUUGGUGGGGCAAACGUCGGCGACUGGGAUGGGACUGCCUGCGGGUACAAGGUUUGCCAGAAUAGAGGUCUCUGCAGGACCACGGGGAGCGACUCCUUCGCGUGUCUGUGCUCACCGUUGUGGACCGGGACUGUGUGUAACCAGAGUAUAAGCUGCAUCAACAACCUCUGCAGACACGGCUCAGUGUGUGCUCCCUCUACAGUCACCUCAUACAACUGCAUAUGCCCCUUAGGAUGGGGAGGAACAUACUGCGACACGGAAAUUUCCAUGGACACUUUGAAAUUUGUCGGAAACUCCUACGUUAAAUACACAGACUCACGAUUCAACACGAGAGACUUAAAAUACACUCAGGUUUCCUUCAGCGUCCACACGAGCUCCAGCGAUGGCUUGAUCAUGUGGAUGGGAAGGGCCGAACACGAAGACGACGACUACCUCGCUGUCGGACUGGAGAGGGGCCAUCUGAAAAUCGCUGUCAAUCUUGGAGAGCGACUUUCCCCUGCUCUGACUUUCAGAAACCUCACCCUCUGCUGCAACGAGUGGCAUCACGUGUCUUUAUCUCUAAACGUCACCAUUAUUCAGGCGUUCCUGGACAGCAAGAGAAUCCUGUUUGAAGACGUGGACCCGUUUGAGCGAUAUGUAGCCUUAAACUAUGGCGGCCUGCUUUACUUUGGAGGAUUUGAAUUAUACAGAAACGUGUCGGUCGUCACCUCUGGUUUGUUUUCAAACGGCUUGGAAGGAAGUGUGAGAAAUGUUUAUUUGUAUGGAGAUACUAAACCAGUGGCAUUUCUUAAAAAUAGUGAAGGUUUUAAUAUUUAUGAGGGCAGUGAAUAAUAGUACAACUGU